GUUUAAAUGACACAAUUUGACUUAACUUCUUUAAUUUCUUGACAAAAACAAAAUGAAGGAUUUCACAAAUGUUGACAUAUUUGCCUUCGUGGUGUACGUUAUCUUGUUCUGUAUUGGAAUACCAGGAAAUCUCGUCAUUGUUCUCAGAGUAGUAAUGGACCGGAAGUUGCACAACCCUACCUUUAUAGUUAUUUCCGGUCUGGCAGUGGCGGACUUCCUGUUCCUGGGCUGCAGAAUUCCGCUAGAAAUUCUCCACCUUCUCAGCGUCAACUGGGUUUAUGGCCGAUUUCUUUGCAAGAUUUCUUAUUUUCUUUACCAAACCGCUAGCUAUUCGGCUGCCUACCAUUUAGUUUUGAUGGCUGUUAUUAGGUAUUAUUUAUUAGUGCAUCCGUUUUCCGCUGUAGUACAUUUGAGUACAAAAAAGGCGUGUUUAGCCACGCUAACGAUUUGGGUUCUUACAGCACUGUUACUUUUGCCUGUGACUGUUAUUAGCGACACUGACACUAUGGUGUACCAAGGUGUUGUGUAUAUCCACUGUACUAUUAAUCCGAAAGACCAAAAUUCUUUCAAAAUUUUUGUGAUCUGUUACAGUAUAUUUUCCUACGCUCUUUUCCUUGUCAUAAUUGCUGUACUGCACAGUAUCAAAGCACGUGCAGUUGCACGCGCUGUGCGUGGUCUGACAGACAAAAAGAAGCGCCAGAUGUCGACUAUGGUGGUUCUGGUGAUCAUGUUGUUUGGAGUUCUGCUCCUGCCCGUGCACGUGAAGAAUCUCGUGGGCGUAUUCGUUUCCAUUCCUCGGAGUACUGCACUCCAAGCCACCGACCUGCUGUUUCGAUCCCUUGCUUAUGCCAACAGUUGCAUCAACCCGCUCGUUUAUGCCUUCUUGUCCGCACAGUUUAGAAAGAGUCUUAAACGAAUUUGUCGAUGCACUAGAGUGAACACUUCACGUCGAUCAAGCGUGUAUCAGUUAUAUGCAGGUCCCUCCACACCAAAUCAUUUACCACUGUCGAUAACGUUAAGAGGUUUUAAUGCAGCUGAUACAUAUCAAGUGUCGGCCAUCUAA